CCCAGCACUGUCAGUUAGACAAUGCGUCAUUCACAGAGGAAGUAAGACCUGAUACACUCACACUGCCAGCGGCAGAUUUCAAGAACAACAGUCACGUAGGGUGAGUCCCACUUCAUUGAGGACGGUUCUUUCGAGUAUCUUUACAAAAUAAAUUAAAGCUUUACAGAACGCAGGGGAAGAUGUCGUGCCUGAAGUGCCUGAAGUACACCAUGUGUGUGGUCAACUUCAUCUUUUUUGUCUGUGGAGCUUCUAUCUUUGGAUUUGGCAUCUAUUUGAUGACAUUAUCCAGGUUCUCUGCCCUACUCCCCAGCCUCCAGGCUAUGAACAUCGCAAACUCGCUUUUCAUCACCGGGAUCAUUAUCACCUGCGUCUCCUUCUUGGGUUUUCUUGGAGCCCUGAAGGAAAAUCGUUGCCUUCUUAUAUCUUUCUUCAUACUGCUGUUCCUUCUAAUGUUGGCUGAGCUGGUUGGCGCCUGCCUUUUGCUGAUGUAUGAGACAUCGAUUGAGAAAUUCAUCAAUGAGGACCUUAAUAAGGGUAUAAACACAUCCAAAAACAGAAGAAACAACGAAACAAACGUUGAAGAUGACUGGGACAGAGUGCAAAAGACUUUUCAAUGCUGCGGAAUCACUAACCGUACAGAAUGGGGGGAAAACGUACCGCAGUCAUGCAGGGACAAUUCAGGCGAAGCACAAUAUUGGAAGGAUGGUUGUUUUACAAAGCUGAAGACAACAUUUGAUGGAAACCUUUUGAGCACAGGGAUCAGCGUCAUUAUUGUCUGCGUUAUCGAGGUCCUGGGUAUGUGUUUCUCAAUGACCCUGUUCUGCCACAUAAGUCGAUCUGGGUUAGGUUACAAAUGAUCAAACACAUUUCCAUGGGAGAAAUGUUUCCAUAUUUUACCGUUUGUGUUUUUAAUAACUAUUGUCCCACAAAUACCCAAAGACAGCCAGCAAAAGACAAGAUGGCAAGCAGUUCGGCUGCUUGGUUUUUAUGUCUUAAAAAAAAAAAAACAACGUACAAAACCUUUGUAGUAUUCUAACUGUAUUAUUAUUAUUAUUAUUUCGCAUGUAUGAAUAACAGUUAUUAGAGCAGUUCAGAACUGGUUCCAAAAAGAAAAAUGCGCCUCAGCAGUAUUAUUUUGUAUUUGGCCAUAAAAGGAAAUUUUAAAAGAAAUUUACCCAAUUUCAUCUGAAUGUAAAGUUAUGACGAUGUUAGAAAUUUUCCAUGAUGAAUCAUCUUUUCACAAAAAUGGCAUAUUACACUGUAUAUAAUUACUGAUUCUCUUUUAUGUCAUAAAUGUAUUUUUAACCUAAAAUAUUCCUAUAAUUCAUUUGUUAUAUGGACUAUAAGUGACUUAUGUUCUACAGUUGAACAAUGCAAAGCAUUUAUUUCCGAUCACUUCCUUUUCUGACUAGCUGUAAUAGAGACUAAAGCAUGUGAUUUCCCAGAAUAGAACAGCGUGGAAACCACACACACUCAUUUAAACCUAUUCACACCAUUUGCAAAUGCAAGUUUUUCCUUUCUCUGCAUACUACUGUAAAUAAAAAAAUUAAAUAAUGCA